AAGCAAGAAUUUUCAAAGGAAGGAACAGAAGAAGAUUGCUAAUUGGUGGGUGUGGUGGUGUUUGUAUUUUGAUGAAAUAGUUUUUUGUUUGUUUGUUUUGGUUUCUGAGGACCAAACAAGCCUUUAUCACAGCCUAUCGCCAAAACAGACCAUCGGCAGCUUCAACAGCUGACACACACGCACAACUUUUCUCUCAUUUCAUUUCGUACUCCUCCUGCUUUUUGAGAGACAGAGAAGCAUAAUCAUCAGAAUCAGCUCUUGCUUUGGUAGACUGGUCUAUAAGAUGAGCUCCGUCGAUGUUGUGCGAGCAGAACUUGCUCUUGCUGUUCUCUAUUUGAACAAGGCUGAAGCGAGGGACAAGAUAUGCAGGGCCAUACAAUAUGGCUCAAGAUUUUUGAGUAAAGGAGAGCCUGGUACAGCUCAAAAUGUCGAGAAAUCGACCAACUUGGCACGGAAGGUCUUUCGCCUUCUUAAGUUCAUCAAUGAUCUCCAUGCCCUCAUAAGUCCAGCUCCUCGAGAAACGCCUCUCGCUCUUGUUUUGCUAGGAAAGUCCAAAAAUGCGCUACUGUCAACUUUCUUGUUCCUUGAUCAAAUUGUCUGGCUCGGUCGAACUGGCAUCUACAAGAACAAAGAACGCGCCGAGCUGAUGGGCCGCGUAUCACUCUUCUGCUGGAUGGGUUCCUCAGUAUGCACUACAUUGGUCGAGCUUGGGGAGUUGGGAAGGCUUUCUGCAUCAAUGAAGAAGCUAGAGAAGGAUCUAAAGAAGGGUGAAAAGUAUCAAAACGAACAAUACCGAGCUAAGGUUCGGCAAUCAAAUGAGAGGUCCCUAGCCCUUAUCAAGGCGGCCAUGGAUAUAGUGGUUGCUGUGGGGCUGCUUCAGUUGGCCCCUAAGAAGGUCACUCCUCGUGUAACCGGAGCUUUUGGAUUCGUCACCUCCUUAAUCUCUUGUUAUCAGUUGCUUCCAUCGCCACCCCAGUCGAAGACAUCAUGAAGAAAAGGGUCCGUUAAUUUACGGAGAUUUUCAUGUUGUAAUCGUAAUAACCACAGACGCAUAUCCAUGUUGGUGUAAGCUUAUCGGCUAUAUGCCAACUUGUAUGGUGAUAACUACAUACCUGCAAUUACUUAUCACUUAUGUUACCCAGCAAAUUCUGCUGUUCCUCCUGAA